AUGCAGGCAUUAUCUAAGGAGAGCAUGUUGACAAUGCUAAUAUGGCUGCUUGCCGCAAAGACAGUGCUCUCUGCCCCAGCUCCCACCCAAGCAACCAGCGCCUCGGAGAUAACACAACACCCUCCCUCUAUCCAAGGCGCUAGACUGCUGCCACCCGAGACACAAGGUGUCUAUCAUACUGCACUUGAACGCGAAGGCCACGAAUUGCAACUGCCCGUGCGAACAAAGGAGUCGACCGGGCCUUUUGGAUUAGAUGGUCUUCUCGAUACCCUAGGCAGCCCUGGUUCUCUGCUUGAUUGGCUACUCCCCGGUCAGAUUACACCGCCAGACACUCCAGCUGAGCCGUCACCUGAGGCCGCAGCUGUUCCUUCUUAUACUGCUUCGGGUCUCUCGUCUACGCCUACAACCUUUGUCAGUUCGACUUCAACUCAGAGCAUUAUCGACAGUCCCAUUUCGUCUACUUCGACCGCUUCGGAUCUCUCGUCUACGCCUACAACCUUUGUCAGAUCGACUUCAACUCAGAGCAUUAUCGACAGUCCCAUUUCAUCUACAUCGGAAAUUCAUUCCGCUGCUGAUAUUACUACCAGCCUGAAGCCUGACUCGCCGGCAAGCACAUUCGUAGUCCAAGCCCCUCAAGAUCCCGCCCCAAUGGUCAACCAAGACGCAUUCGUGCCAGUAGGCACUGGCCCGAUUCCCGCUGUAAUCGCAUCCCGAGAUGACCACCCGGUGGCUAAGAACGGAGUCACCCUAUCGAGACGAACAAGUUCCACAGCGCGCUGUUUCUUGGAAGCCAAACGAAUGCCACUUUUACUCACCCCUACUCGCUAG